AUGGACAAUCACGCUGAACUCGUCGCGGCGAUGACUAACUUGUCUAACACGAUUCAAGCGGGCACUGCUAUGGCUACUCAUGCUUUACGGCGGAUAAGGCAAUCCGUUAGAAAUGAAAAUGUAGAGGGUAUGGAGGACAGCUUAGGUGGUGUUUCGAGGACUCUAGCUGCUUUUUUGAAAGUUGACCCGCUGAUUUUCAAUGGAUCGACAAAUCUUACUGAAGCAGACAACUGGUUCCAAGCUGUGGAGCGUGCAUUGCGAACUCAACAAUGGGAGAAGCUCAGCAAUGGUGGCAAGGAGAGCGCCGACUACUAUACCAACAAAAUGUGGACCUUACAUAGGCGUUAUUCCAGGAAGCUUUCUACAAAAAAGUACUUGCAUGAGUCAAUAAGGGAGGCCAGAGAGUUAGAGCUCUUACAACUGAAGCAAGGGUCCAUGACUAUAGCUGAAUACACUAGCAAGUUUGAAGAACUUUGUAGGUUCUCGAGGAUAAGUCAGGGUACUCCUGAGUCCUUUGAGGACUGA